AUGUCCGAAAAAAGUCUAAUAAAUUUGUCUAAAUCUCGCUUCACCUGUCCAAACAGCGGAAAAGAUGUUCGUCUAAUUCCCGAUAUUCUACAAAUAAUAUUCACAAAGUUAACAUACAAAGAUUUAUUUUCUGUAAUCCGUGUGAACCGUACUUGGUGUCUCCUCGGAAUUCCAAUAUUUUGGAAAGCGCCGUUCAGUCAUCGACACGCCAAUCCGAAACAUGCAAUCCGUACAUACUUGCUAUCUAACACUGAACUAUCAAUCAACUAUUUAAAGAUGAUUCCGUAUCUGCCGGAAAACACCAUCUUGCCAGAAAAUUUAGAAAGAUUUGAGGAACCGGAUAUUGAUUUUGAAAUUAUUACGAAGCCUUUAUUCGAUUACGUUUCGUAUUGCUUGGUGUUCGAUUAUAAUGGAAUAUUCCGUGCGGUUUUGGGUUAUUGCGAAACAUUGGAUCAACUCUGUAGAAAAAAUACGGCUAAAAGGAUAAUGAAAAUUUUGCUGGAAAUGUUCAAAUCUCGUGGUCAUCAAUUCAAAAAUAUGAGAGUGAAAUAUGAGCACCAUGAUAAUAAUAUUCUUUCUAAAUAUACAUUUUUAUAUUCAGAGAUUGAUACACUUAACUUGGUUGGAUUACAUGUUGAUAAAAGUAAAGUUUUAGCUGCAUUGAUUCCAUUAUGCCGUAAAAUUAAACAUUUGAGCAUCACUAUGAAAAUCGGUUCUGAUGAAUUAAAGAACCUUAUUGAACUUAUACGCGGCCAAACUAAUCUUACCACAAUCGAGAUAAUCGGCAAGAUAAAUGAUCACCGAAAAUCACUAUUGUCAGCACUUUGCGCACAGAAGAAUACAAUUACCUCAAUGGAAUUUUCAUAUUUCCCUUUUGAAGGUCUUACGGAUUGGACCAUCUUUCGACAAUUCACUCGAUUGAAACGUUUGAAAAUAUAUUAUUUCUCGAAAACAGAUAUUGAUGAUGAUGCAUUGGGUGUUAAAUACAUGGAAAAGCACCAUUCAUCGCAUCAUGUACACCGAUAUGGUAGCUUUAACCGUACAACAUUCAUUCCGGCCCACGAGAAUGAUCAUGAACGAGCUGCAGAGUUGGUUGCGUCAUUAGCAAUUAAGAAAUGUAAAUACAUGUACUAG